CUUUAUGCUGUUCAGGUUUCUGUCCUGUAUGGGCAGAGUUGAGCAGCCAAACCCAUCCCAGUCUCAGUCAUGUCUCAGUCAUGUUUAAGUGGCAGGUUUCUACAAAUGCACUUUUACAUUUAGUUAUGCCUGCCAUAUCCUCAUCAAAAGCUGACACCAUUUCAGCUGCUUCGUCUAGCAAUGACUAUGAGCUGUUUAAUGCAUCUGACGCUGAUCAUUCCUGCCUGCAGCCACAGUGAAAUGUAUUCACCAAUCACUGUUUUAUUUACUCCCAAAGCAUUUUGCCAGAGGCAUUCAGUAGGCAGAGCAUCUUUUUUUUCUCUUGAUAUUAGAAAUUAUGUUAAAUACAUGCGAGUUAAUAUCUUUUUAAAUCCAUUUGCCUUAACUUUCUAGAGAUUUACUUCAGAGUUGGAGAAGAGUGUUUGCAGGUGAGCCUGAUUGGAUUCAGCUAGUAGUGACAGAUGCAGUUCAUUUGGGGGUGGGAAGGUGAAUGGUGAAGAGAGGAUAAAAGGCUUUGGAAGCCACUGUAGAGUCCUUUCUGUUAGGGAAACUUUCCAGUCUUCUGUCUUAGUGACUGCCUGUUGUUUUUCCUAUCUUAUUAUGCCCUCACCCAUUCCUCUUAAUUGUUUUCUUCCUUUGGAGUUUUCCUCAUCUGUGGAUUUGCGACCCUGCAGCAGCCCCUUAGUUAUCCCUGGUAAAGACAGCAAAAACUUUCUGGGUGAAACUGCUUCAGUCAGGACUCGCCGUUUGCCUCCACGCCUGGCCUGGUGCUCCAUUGACUGGGAUCAGCUCUGUCUCCUGCAGCCCCUCGGCUCUGGUGGCUUUGGUUCUGUCUACAAAGCUACUUACCAUGGUGCAACUGUGGCUGUGAAGCAGGUGAAGAACAGCAGCAAAAACCGACUGGCAUCACGACAGAGUUUCUGGGCUGAGCUGAACGUCGCCUGGUUACAGCAUGAUAACGUGGUACGUGUGGUGGCUGCCAGCACGUGUGCCCCAGCCAGCCAGAACAGCCUGGGCACCAUCAUUAUGGAGUACGUGGGCAACAUCACCCUGCACCAUGUAAUUUAUGGUACUAGCAACGCCUGGAGACAGGGUGAGGAUGAUGGAGGAUGUGGAAGAAAGACCUUGAGCAUGGAAGAGACUGUGUGCUACUCUUGUGACAUUAUGACUGGCUUAGACUUUCUUCACUCACAGGGCAUUGUGCACUUGGACCUGAAGCCUGCAAAUGUCUUUAUUACUGAGCAGGGAGCAUGCAAGAUUGGAGACUUCGGGUGCUCCCAGAAACUGGAGGAGGGCUUGUCCCAGAGUCUUCAUGUUUGCCAGCAAGGGGGCACUUACACACACCGUGCCCCUGAGCUCCUCAAGGGAGAGAGGGUCACUGCCAAAGCGGACAUCUACUCAUUUGCUAUCACCCUCUGGCAAAUCAUCAUGCGAGAGCAGCCCUACCAGGGUGAGCGGCAGCACGUGCUCUACGCUGUGGUAGCCUAUAAUUUACGCCCUUCGCUGGCUGCUGCCGUUUUCCACGAGUCACCGGUGGGCCAGAGACUCCAGAGCAUUAUUAGCUGCUGUUGGAAGGCCAACGUAGAGGAGCGCCCGAGUGCAGCCCAGCUGCUUCCCAGCCUCAGGGCCCUCAGGGAGAGCCUCUAGGAAAACUCGGAAUUCUUAC